GGCAAAUAUUGUAUGCAUUUUGUAGCACGCAUGCGCGUUGAUGCUCGCUCGGACCUUAAAUGGGUGCAGGCAACGGAGAGGGAGUGGCAGGAAGCUUUGUGCUUGCUGCAGAUGUUGGGGCGGCAGUCGCGCGCGGGAUGACAACUUGCCUCUGAGGCUCUUAGUGAGUGGACGGACGGAAGAUCUAUUAGAGAAGUCGCUAUGGUGACACUUGACCUCAGGGCGCUGACGGCGCCCGUGGGCAUCGUGAGGAUACUGGAGGUGAUCUGCACCUGCAUCUCCUUCGGCCUGGUGGUGUCGAUGGGACACACUACCAACUCCUUCUGGACGUGGUGCUUGUUCACUUGGGGCUUCUGCUUCGCCGUCACCCUUUUGGUCCUCUUCCUGGAGUUCCUCAGCGUCAACGCUAAGCUGGCUAUUUCCUGGGAUGACUUCACCACUGCCUUCGCCAUGUUGGCCACGCUCAUGGUGCUGAGCGCAUCCAUCAUCUUCGCCAACUUCUUCACCUGCUCUUCGUGUUCCCAACUGAUUGCCGCUUGCGUCUUCUCCUCCCUGGCCUUCAUCCUCUACGCCACCGAGGUGGGCUUGACCCGGGCCAAACCCGGGGAGAUCAGCGGUUUUCUGUCAACAGUGCCGGGUCUCCUGAAGGUGCUGGAAGUCUACGUGGCCUGCAUCAUCUUUGUGUGCUUGCGCUACAUCUCAUACGAGCAAUUCCCGGGGCUUCAGUGGUGCGUGGCCGUCUACUCCAUUUGCUUCAUUUUCGCGCUCCUCGUCAUCAUCUUCACCAUAUGCCGACUUCUUGCCGUCUUUCCGGUGCCGUUUGAUAAAGUUCUUAUCGUUUGUAACGUGCUGGCCGUUCUGAUGUACAUCACCGCCGUGGUGGUGUGGCCCUACUACAGCUUGAAGGACAACCCCCGACCGAGCAUCUGCGAUAGCUUUCCAAAUUCAUGCGGGUGGAAUUUGUUGGUGGUUAUCACUUUCAUGACCUGCGUCAACCUCAUUGCUUACAUUGUUGAUACCUUUUACUCCUUCCGGCUGGUCUUCUUUAUGAGUCGAAACUAAAGUCUAGUUUUCUGUAAAGGUUAUAUCUAGUUGAUUUCUAAUGAACGAUAUCAAGUCGGAAAUGGCAUUUCUUGGCAUCUUCUCCACUUUUGAUGUAACGUUGUUAGCGCAUUGUUAGCGCUUUCACUCUUAACUCAGCCGUUCAUGUUGACAUGGGAUGUAAAGUAUGCAGCAAAUGAAUAAAAAUGCUCUUUUGUUUGGU